UGUUCGACUGAACAUCACCAACGAAAUGAACUGAACUACGACCCCCGACCAGACCAGCGCACCGGCUGAGUUUGUAACAUCCACCACAUCAUUUCCCCCUUGCCUCGUCUCGUGCCCUCAAUCGCCUUCCGACACGACAAGCUCACCACAACCGACAGCGACAAGAUGGCGCACCACGACAUCGACUACGACAUGGACAUGUCUGAUGAUGCCAACGAAGACCUGAACAACCGCAAUGCCAGAUCCAAGGAUCCAUCUCGCACACAAGACCCUGGAAAGUCAAAAGCCGCAUCAAGAGAAGGAGGAAGUUCACGCGCGCGAUGGGAAGCAGGCGCACAGAAGAACUGGGACUUGCACGAAGGCGACGAUGGCGAUCUCAGUGGUGUGCUUGGUGGCAUGGAGGAAGCGACGAAGAGACUGCGACUCCAAAAGGACACAACACCGCUACAACGCGGUAUCAUCAGACACUGUCUGCUUGUGCUGGAUUUGAGUCUGGCCAUGCUGGAGAAGGAUCUAAGGCCGACGAGACAUUUGCUUACGCUCACGUAUACCAUCGCUUUCGUACGUGAGUUCUUCGAGCAGAACCCCAUCUCGCAACUCGGUAUCUUGGGAAUGCGCGAUGGUCUUGCAAUCAGAAUCUCCGAGCUCUCGGGUAAUCCCAACGACCACAUCACCGUAUUGAAGGAACUGCGCAACACCGAGCCAAAAGGUGCUGCCAGUUUGCAGAACGCUCUGGACAUGGCAAGAGCGGCAUUAUACCACACACCCUCCCACGGCACCAGAGAAGUCGUCAUCAUCCUCGGCGCACUGAGUUCUUCCGACCCGGGCGACAUCCAUUCAACCAUCAACGCCUGCGUGAGAGACAAACUCCGCGUCACGGUCAUCGGUCUCGCGGCCCAAAUGCACAUCUGCGCCGACCUCUGCGCCCGCACAAAUGCUGGAGAUACGUCCAGCUACAAUGUCGCACUGGACGAACCACACUACCGCGAAUUACUCAUGCAAAUCACCACUCCACCCGUCAUGCGAACGACCUCUUCCACAACGGAAGCUUCCAAAUCUGCCUUGCUGCAGAUGGGUUUUCCAUCCAGGUACACGGAAGCAAAAGCUACGUUAUGCGCAUGUCAUGGUGUCCUCACUCAAGGCGGAUAUAAUUGUAGUCGCUGUAACGCUAAAGUCUGCUCGUUACCUCAGACCUGUCCGGCUUGCGAUCUCACUCUUAUCCUAUCCACCCAUCUCGCCCGCUCUUACCAUCAUCUCUUCCCUCUACUUCUCUGGAACGAAGUUUCCUGGUCCCGAGCCGCUGUGAAAAACUCUUCCAAAUGUUUUGGCUGUUUGACUGCGUUUCCUGUGGUUGGCAAGGAGCAGCAGCAGCAGCAGAAGAGGGCGGAGGGUGCUAGUGAGAGUAGUAGGUAUGAGUGUCCUUGUUGCGAAAGGCAUUUUUGCGUGGAUUGUGAUGUUUUUUGCCAUGAGGUUGUGCAUAAUUGUCCCGGUUGCACUAGUGGUAGACUUGCAGGGGGUGGAGAGGAGAAUGGAGGGGUAGAGGGAAAUGGAGAUGUGAUUAUGAAUGGGCAUGGGAAUGGGAAUGGUGUUGCUGUUACCGCUUAAGCAGCACAGUUGCCCUCGACAUUACACGGCAAAAAAAGAGCCCACUAGAAGUGAAAUGGGAAAGAAGUGCAAAAGGACCUCUCUCUCUCGCCAUCAAAAAUCUAAGAAAAUGAAGGAUAUAUCUUUUGGAAAAACAACUCAACCCACCUACCUUUUUCGAACAUCUCUAGAUCUUCGUGAAAAAAACACAUCCUGUUGUGACUGUGUCAUAAAAACACACACUUGCUCCUCUUCUUGUUUAAUCAGAGAACGAAUGACUAA